AAUAAACGCAUGACUAAAGUUAACAUUUUGUUGCAUUUUUUGGUAACGUUAUUCAUUCUAACGUUAGUUACGUUAUUAUCACCAUCACCUAGCUAGCUAACUGGCAGAGCGGUAGCUAGCCUAAUGUUAGCUGAGUUGAGUAUCGAGGGGUGGGUUUAUGGGUUGUGGAGGGUGGGGGAGUCUGAGACUGGUAACGUUAGUUUAAAUACUCACAAGGACCGAAGCAGAGAGGUCCAUCCCUGUAGGAGAUGGACCUGAACGUGGCAGUGAAUGUACCUGUGGGUGGCAUUGGGCGGCCAAACCUUUAUGAGCUGCUGGCAUGGCUCAAUGAGACUUUACAGACAGGCUUCACCAAGAUUGGGCAGGUAUGCACAGGUGCAGCCUAUUGCCAGCUGAUGGACUGGUUGUUUCCGCAGUCCCUGGACCUCUAGGUCCGGUUCCAAAGCAACGACAUGGUGGACAUUAUUCACAACUACAGUUUACUACAAGCUGCAUUCAGGACAGUCGGAGUGUUGCGACACAUCCCCGUCAAGGAUUUGAUGGAGAGGAAAUCUGAUGUGGCCGUGACCUUCCUGCACUGGUUAAGGCGUUCUUUGACAAGAACAACGCCAAGGGCAGGGAGUACCACGCCUUGGAGGCCAGAGGUGGACAGAGUAUGGUUCCUGCUGACUCAGGUGCUGCUCCUUCCUGGCCACUGCGACGAAGUCGGACGUGAGCUUGACGCCACGCUCGGCACAGUCAUUGACCACGUUCAUUGCACAUACAUUGACCUCACUUUUUUUGAACGCAGCAUUGGUUGCCCAUUCCUUCACAUCAAGAGACAUAAAUUCUGGAUCAAUGUGCAGCUGGUGCAUCCCAAACCAGCAAUCCUUAUUGUCUUCUUACACUUGUGGGAUGGUUCGCCCUCAGAUGGUGGACAGACUGUAUUAGUAUCCUCCUCUGGCUCCUCAUCACUCUCCGACACCAAGCUGGACAUUGCAGUCAUCUCCUCCAGCUCCUUUUCACAGACAACCUUGGCUGCUUCGAACUGCGACAACGCUCCAUUUGCACCAGGUUUCUUGGCAAGCAUGCAACGUAAGAUCUGGCGACCAGUUGGCAGUUUGGCACCGGUGAUGAUGCCAUCCUCACUGGUGAUGCUGGGGCCCAGACCAAAAACCAGGAUGCGACUGCUAGUCUGGCAGGGACCAGUUGGUGAGGGCAGCAUCUUAGAGCUGGAUCCUGGGUGUAAUGGAAGUGACAGGUGGGAAGGUGGAGCAGGAAACAGAGAAAAUGGAGACAACCGUGAAAGAAAAGGCAGCGGAGAAGGUGAAGCAAGAAGAAGCAGCAGCAGUGGAAAAGGAAAUGAAGGGACCAGUUCUACUUUGUUACAGUUUAUCAGAAGAUACUGUAAUAACAAUGUGGGCACACACUCCAAUACAAGUAAAGAGACUCAGAUUUCUGGCCCUUUAGGGUCUGCCUUCUUGAGUCCAACACACAAUAUAAACAUCAGUAAGGCCUGCUCCCACACGCCGUACUGCCUCUACCUGUAUGUGGGCGUAGAGCUGGGUGGAGGACAGAACACGAGUGUUGUCCUGGUUGGCUACAUGGACCAGAAGUCAGGGGUCAGUGUGGUGAAGCCGCUGCUCACUCUGCAGAUGAGUGUUGACCCUGUUGAUCCACAAACCCCAGCGGACGCUGACGCUGUCACAGACACACACGCUGCAGAUACAGACGCACAGCGUCUGAUUGAGACGCUGAAGACGGGCUUUCCUUUGUCCAACAUUGUUGCAUUUUACUGUAACGCUGCACACCCGGGGGUGAGCCAGGUGUUUGUUUCUCGCUUUCAGGCUUUCAACUCUAGGUUAGUAUCACUUUGCGGCCUCCCUGGGAUGGCACGAAGAGCAUGCCAGGCCGGACUGGCGUCCUUUGAUUGCGUGGUUGACCUGGUUAGAGACAUCCACUAUCACUACUACACCUGCCCCCAGGUCCUUAGGGGUCUUAAAGAGCUAUUUGCUGAUGCAGAGUCUUAUAACCCAUCCCAUCCUAUAUCUGCACAGUGUUUGUUUAUCAUCCAUGCUGUGCAAAAGAUGGCAAGCAGCUGGAGGUUUUUAGUGGAUUAUUACAAGUCACUAAAGAAAGCAGAGGAUGUUGACCAGAUCAGAAGCCGGCUGAUGGAUGCUAAGGUCAAACUGCGAUUCAUGUUUCUCGCCUCCAUUUUGGAUCCCCUCCGAGCUUUUCAAGAGUAUCAGCAGGGUGGCACAGCGCUCGUGCCUGUGGAGCUCCAGCUGGCCUCUAUGCUGGUUCACUCCUACGCAACGAGUCUUUUCCGACCCUCCAUCGCCAAGCGCUUUCUCAGAAAGCGAGAUCUGCAUCUCCUUCAAAAUACGACGGAGAUGCUCCCCGUAGCAGAGGUGCACGUGGGUGCUCCUGCCAGAGAAUUCAUGUGGGCCACCGCUGUCGUGGAUCUGGGGGAACAGGAGAGGUUGGACUUCCUGCAGGAUGCAGCGACUUUCUAUAAAGCAACGCUGCAGAGUUUAGCAGAGAGUCUGCCUGAGCAUCUUGGAGAUGUGACACUGAGGAAUAUCCACCAAGUGCUGAAGCAUUCUGACAAUAUCAAUUGUCCCAAAUUGUCCAGCCAAGCGCUGUCCGAGAUGUCUGUACAGCUGGGUCUGUUUUCCGCUGGGGCUUUAGGAAGACACCCCCUGGACCGCGACUACUCCAAUUUCAUAAAAACAGUAAAGCAGGAACAGCGUCAUUGCUGGGCAAAGAUGCUGUCUGCCAUUAGGCCCCACUCUGCCUUGCAUAGACUUUUCCUUGACAUCCUGGCUCUACCCAGCUCUCUUCACAGGACACAGGUGUUUGCUAAGUGUGUGAUCAUCAAGGUUGUUUGUACCAGUAAGGAAACCUCCAAAACAGGUUGGCCAGGAAUACCCCACAUAAAGACACCUGUCCAGGCAGACUAUGGUGGCGAUAAGAAAAUAGUGAAGAAAGAAGGGAUUUUAUCAGAGGAUGAUGAUGAUGAUGAUGAUGAUGAUGAUGUUGAAGCCAAACCCAGUCCUUCCAAACGCUGCAGCUCUAUGGAGGACUCCGACUACACAGACAAUUCUUCCGAUGUGGUUGAUGUCACCGAAGAUUCCAAAAAUUGCGUGAUCAACAGUCUAAUCAAAUCAAAAAAUGAGAGAACUCCGCAGGGACGGGUCAUCGAGGUCUCAGAUGAUGAUGAUGAUGAUGAUGACGAUGACGAAGUAAUUUUACCAAGCACACCAAACAACUCCACAGAACUGCUGGAUGUGAUGGGGGAGCUGGUCUGGGGUAAGCCAGAGGGCUUCUCUCCCUGGCCAGCCAUCAUCAUACCCUUGAGGGAAGAGAAUCCACAUCCAGAGAGCAGGAUGGUCGCGUGGUACGGUCAGAACAUGUCCUCUCAGGUCAGAUUGCAGGCUCUGAAACCGUUGGCUGCCUUCACCCAGCACUUCUGUUCCAACUCCUUCGCCAUCCUUGUUACCUACCGAGAAGCCAUCUUCUUGUGCUUGCAGGAGGCAGCUCUACGUUGUAAGAAGCAGUUUUCUGCAUGUGUUGAGGACCGAGAUGAGUUUUCUGAAACAGAUGUUAGACUGGGCGUUUUGGAGGCUUUCAACCCAGUGGGUGCUACCAAAACAAACAAAAGACCAAAAGUGAGGCAGAAACUCUUCCUGAAGACCAACUCCUCUCAUCCCCCUAUCCAAUCCUCCACCUUGAUGAGCAGCAAGAGCAACCUUGAACUGAAGGAAGUGUCGAUCUGUCUUAAAAGUCUAUCUGAUGGAUUUGAGGAUGACAUGUCACCAGACUUUGUGCCGCAAAAGAGAAGGACCUACACCAAAUCUUACAAUAAGGUCCAACAGACGACCAGCAAUUACACCCAGCCGGACCAAAAACUCAGAGAAGAGACUAUUCGUAGGAUCAUGGACAUGAACCUGGACAUUGAAGGCUUCUGUUUGUGUUGUGGAACUGAAGACGUUGAGAUAUCACACCCUCUGUUUAAAGGAAGCCUCUGCUUGGAGUGUAAAAAUAACUUGACAGAAACUCUGUAUCGUUAUGAUGACGAUGGAUAUCAGUCCUACUGUACCAUCUGCUGCUAUGGACUGGAGGUCAUACUGUGUGGCAACGAUAGCUGCUGCAGAUGUUAUUGCACAGACUGUCUCAACAUCCUUGUGUCAGGGGACGUUGAUGCCCUGAAGCUGCUGGACCCGUGGAUCUGCUACUUGUGUCAGCCUCAUCGCCCCCACGGUGCUCUGAUCCCCAGAGAGGACUGGAGCGUCCGUGUUCAGGACUUGUUUGCCAACAACAGCGCCAUGGAGUUUGAGCCUCACCGUGUUUAUCCGUCCAUCCCUGCAAACCAGCGCAGACCAAUCCGAGUUCUCUCACUGUUUGAUGGCAUAGCAACAGGCUACCUGGUGCUGAAGGAUCUCGGCUUUAAAGUAGAGAAAUAUGUUGCCUCGGAGAUUUGCGAGGAUUCGAUUGCUGUGGCGACUGUUGGCCACGAUGGGAAGAUCAUCCACGUUGGUGACGUCCGGUUCAUCACCGAGGAACACAUCGAGCAGUGGGGUCCGUUUGACCUGCUGAUCGGUGGCAGUCCCUGCAACGACCUCUCCAUUGUCAACCCACUCAGAAAAGGCCUCUAUGAGGGCACUGGCAGGCUGUUCUUUGAGUUCUAUCGCCUCCUUACGCUGUUGAAGCCCAAAGAGGAAGACCCCCGGCCGUUCUUCUGGCUGUUUGAGAACGUGGUCUUCAUGAACACUCACGACCGAGUCAACAUCUGCCGCUUCCUCGAGUGCAACCCGGUGCUGGUGGAUGCCGUCAAAGUCAGCCCUGCUCACAGACGGCGUUACUUCUGGGGAAACAUCCCGGGAAUGAGCAGGCCCAUUAUAGCAUCCCAGAAUGACAAGCUGGAUCUCCAGGACUGCUUGGAGAUCGGCAGAGAAGCCAGGGUCAACAAGGUGAGGACGAUAACCACCAAUCCAAACUCUCUGAAGCAGGGCAAAAGCUGUUCUCUGCUUCCAGUCUUCCACAACGGCAAGGGGGACAUCCUCUGGAUCACAGAACUGGAAAAGAUCUUUGGUUUCCCCAAACAUUACACCGACGUGAGGAACAUGAACCGGCAGCAGAGGCAGAAGGUGCUGGGGAAGGCGUGGAGUGUGCCGGUCAUCCGUCACCUUUUCGCUCCCCUCAAGGACUAUUUUGCCUGUGAGGAGCUGCCUCCUUUAACCAUGUCCUCCACCUCCUCCUCCUCCACCUCCCCAUCCUCCCCUGCCUCUCCAGAACUGCAGCAACUGAGAUAGGGGAGGUUGGGAAUAUUUGGGACGUGUGUUUGUGUGGAGGUUGUGUUUUUUUUAACACCACACUUUGUAUGAGACCUCGGUGGAGCAGGAAUUAACUUUGCAGUCCAGCUCACAGACGGGCUGUUGUGGACCACUGCCACAGGGACAUUUUGUCAGCUAUGCACUCCAGUCUCUUGGAUCAUGUCACAUUUGCUGUUUGUCUGCACAGCCGACAGUCACGUUGGCCUCCAACUAUGCUCCAUCCUCCACAUGGUUCCAUGGGGAUUUCCUCCAGUCAUCAUCUAAACUAUUUGUUUGUAUCGUUAGUAUUUCACAAGAAUAUUCAUCACAUAUCCUCAGGUUAUAUAUGGGUCAAAAUAUUGCAUAUAUCCCUGAGAUUUUUAACCAUUUUUAAAUAAAUAGAUUACAAAUAAUCUUUACAUGGUGAUUGUGAGAAGUCACAAACCACAACAUUUGUAAUUUUUUUUAAAGUGUAAAUCAUGUUAAACUGAGAGCUGCCUUGGUACUUUACUGUGUCGUCCUCAUCAUGCUUCCUGGAGAAAUGCCCAACUAGCAUUAUUUUGUAUUCAGAUAUUUGAGAAGAUGCAAGGUUUUUGUAGCGCGCUAUCAUAGGAAUCAGGAAUCUUUUUAUGCAGUUUUAAACUUUUUGUUUUUUUCAUCCUUUUGUUUUUUUAUUUGUAUCUUUGUUGUUUUACUGUGUGUGUGUGUGUUUGUGUGUCUUUCUGAUGGACACAAUAGUGUUUGUGGUGCUAAUAAAAUAAGAAAGGCCAUACAGGUGAUAACAGCUACAUGUAGCCUUAUAUUAAUCACCUGUAUUUACUUUAAAGAAACAGUGGAUGUUGUGACAUAUAUAGAGGCAUUAAACCUCAUUAAAUAUUAUUAUAUCAUUCAUUGUUU